AUGUGCUUGACGAUAGCCCUGCACGCAUCCACCUGGCUCUCAGACGUUGGGCUUGAACCCUUGGACGAUGACGGCGAAGGCCCAAAGUCUGAUCUUGAAUCUCAAGAACGUGAUUUUGGCGUGCUGGAUCAUCAUUUUCAAUUCUUGUAUACAGAAUUGAUGAGAUCUCAUGAAUUGACUAGAGAAUGGGACCGACGCUCUAUACCGAAUCGACUGAUUGCCGAACUGCAAUUCAUGGCCUCUUCGUCAAGGGGUCCCAAAACGACAGUACAAACAAUCCAAAUUCAGAAAUGUAGCUUUGAUGAGGGUAUCCUCUCGUGCGAACCUUCAAGAUUGUUUUGUGAGGGCACUGAAGACUCGCAUCUUUUUGAGGGACGGAUCAGACCCAACCGCUUGGACGAGCGCUUGCUCCGUGCUUGGAAAGACCAUUGCUUCAACCAUCAUGGAGAGUCUUGUACGAUGAUCGUAACACCUCCGUAUCCUCACAUGCGGCUGCGGCUUAUUGACGUCAACAAUGAAUGUAUCGUGGACAGCUGUGCCGCCAAACAAUGGGUUGCGCCUAGCUACGUUUGGGGCAAUUCAAACAAAUUCUUCAUCACCACGAACAACAUUGAAAAGUAUCGCGAGCCCGGCUCGCUAGUUGGCGCAACAUCUGCCACCAUGAGUGAUGCAAUGUCCGUCACAAGAUUGCUAGGAGAAAAGUAUCUUUGGGUUGACAGCUUAUAUAUUUUGCAAGAUUGCUUAGAGGACAAGCAAUAUUAUAUUCCGAGAAUGAGCUCCAUCCACGGACACUCAUAUUUGACGAUUAUCAGCGCACUGGCAUAG